CAAUAUUUGGCAGUGGCACCGCUGCAUCAUAAAACCCUCCAUCUCGUCGGUAUGUGCUACAAUUACACUGAAUACAAGUACUGCGCCCAAGGUCCCCGCUGCCGCGGGGGCUACGGCUGGGUCAACAGUCAGGGCCAAUCCUACGCAAAGUCCUACGCACAGUUCGUGCGCAUUCGUCGUUGCUCCAACUUUGAGCGCGGCUAUGACUGCCGCCAAAGAAGGUCUUUGGGACCUGGCUCCGAAACCAAGACCAGUGAGGAGACUUGCCUUAUUUGCCGACUCUGGUAA